ACCUCCGUGAGGAUAAGCGGCUCAGAUGGAGGGAACCGCGAGUCGGCGCCACUGGAGGCUGUCGUUCUCAUCUUUGUCCAGCAGGCGACAGCAAAGCGAGGCAUUCAAAUUCAUUUUUAUUUUCGCUCGCGAUCAUAAUCAUCGUUUUUGGCGGUGUCGACGUGUGAGCUGAGGUGAAAUUAAAAAUUGAAACGGUGAAAUUUGAAGUCUUUUAUUUUCCGUUGUGCUUUUUGGGGGGCGUUGCGUUCGCGUUCCUUCGCUCGUGCUGCGUUCACGUCACCCUGAUGCGCUCGUGUCGACGCCUCGGCCCCUCGCGCUCGCCGAUUGGCUGCUUUCUCAGGAAACGUUUCCUUUUAUAGUUAACGGAGAGCCGAGCGACCCACUUCCGGGUAGGCGGCAUGUCGGAUCACCUGGGCCCGCGGACGCGAUCGAUCCCGCAUUGAUCGAUCGGCUUCUCGGCGAAGGUGAGCACCGCGGCCGGCGCCGCCCGGGGGAGAUAGGGACGGGGGUCUCGGUCUUUGCGGGUCUGGGCGGGUCUAGCGGGUUCAGACUUGUCGACAGCAAAGUUCCGAGCGGAGUCGCCCCAAAAAGUGGCGGUCGCCAACAUCAUGCAGACAAGUACUUCCGGUUCGAGCGAAAGGACGGCGGCCAUUUCAUUAGGUACAGCGGCUCCUCGCCACUGUCGCAAUAUUCGGGACAGCUUUACGAGCGACCAGUGACGUCAGCAGACGGGCGACGUCGGCCUCCGAAAAAAAGCAAAGUUAAACCAAAGCGCCAGAUGGAAAUCCGAAAUAUGCUCAUAAAGGAGCACAACCGUGCCAAAAUAAGCAACGUGACGCCGACCUCUAAAAAAGCACGCAAACAAAAGUUGUUACAUCAUCAUCAUCAUCUUUCUUUCGCUUUGUUAGUGUGCACAAAUGAAAUGUUUGAACGUUUGCGGCCGGGAUGAAAAGUUGCGCUGCCGCUCGCCGACGGAAGGAGCCCGGCGGCCGAUUCGAUUCGAGUCGCCGGAGGGGCCGACCUCGACCUCGACCUCCUGACCCGAACGUCACCGCUUCGCUCGCAAGUUUUUUGAUUGAAAACGUUCACGUGCCAAUUUGGUGCCGGUUAGUUAAGCGUUGUGAGGAUUUGUACAAAAUGACGUUUCUUGACCGUUACGUACGAAUGAAGAGGAAUCGUUUGUCAAAGUGGGGGGGGGGGAGAAAAAAAAGGCCAACUUUGCCCCCCAGGUUUGCUUUGCGCCACAAUGGGGAACUUGAUCAAAGUGCUGAGCAGAGACAUCGACAACAACGCCGGAAACUUCUUCUUGGACUUUGAGAACGCGGAGGCGUCGUGGUCGGAGAAGGACGUCUGGGAGAAGGUCGACGGGGUGCUGACGGAGGCUCGGCUCAUCCUGGACGAGCUGCAGGCGUACGAGGGAGCCGGGGAGGAGAUCCGAACGGCCAUCCGGAGUCCGAGCGAGGAGGGCGUCCAGGAGAGGGCCUGGUCCGCCGUCCUUCCUCUGGUCGCCAAACUCAAACGCUUCUACCAGUUCUCCCACGAGCUCGAGGCGAGCCUCAGGUGUCUGCUGGAGAUCUUCAGCAAUCCCGAAACUCCGCCCACUCAGCAGCUGGAAACCAAGCAGGCGCUCGCCAGGCAGUUCGCGCUCAUCCUGCACUUCACGCUGCGCUUCGACGAGCUCAAGAUGACCAUCCCGGCCAUCCAGAACGACUUCAGCUACUACAGGCGCACCAUCAGUCGCAUGCGAAUCAACAACCUGCGCGGGGACGCGGACACGGAGGUGGACAACGAGCUGGCCAAUCGCAUGUCUCUGUUCUACGCCAGCGCCACGCCCAUGUUGAAGACGCUCAGCGACGCCACCAUCAAGUUUGUCUCUGAUGUCGAAUCCCGAAGUUCCCUUGGAGAACACCACCGACUGUCUGAGCACCAUGGCCAGCGUGUGCAAAGUCAUGCUGGAGACACCGGAGUACAGAAGUCGCUUCGCCAGCGAGGAGACGUUGCUGUUUUGUCUGCGCGUGAUGGUGGGCGUCAUCAUCCUCUACGACCACGUGCACCCGGCGGGCGCCUUCGUCAAGACCUCCAACAUCGACGUGAAAGGAUGCAUUCGGGUGCUCCGGGAGCAGCCGGCGACCAGCGUGGAAGGUCUCCUGGACGCGCUCAGGUCAGGUACACCACGAAGCACCUGAACGACGAGGCCACGCCCAAACACAUCAGGAACAUGCUGAGCAACAACUGAACGGCAGCGCCGCCUCCCGCUUCCUGUCGCGACGACGGCUGUUUCUUUUUCGUUUUUCUGGACUUCUUCUUUGGUGCCAAAGUGCCCCCCCCCCCAUCUUUAGCCACGGCGGGCAAGCUAACGCUAGGCUAGGCCAGCUGCAAAAAUACGC